AUGGAUGAUGACGGUAGCGAAAAGUCGUACACAGUGGCAACUGUGCCGGAUGCGGUGGAUGGAGACGCUACACAAGCCGAUCCACGGGUGGGCAAUAGUAGUGAUACGUUUUUCAGCGACAUUGAGAUAAACUCCGAUGACGAGGACCAGACGCACCCGCUUUUGAAUGGCCACCAAUUGGACUUAUCGGGUGACAACUCGUUACUUUUAAACGUCCUGCCUCCUGAGACGCCCGCAAGGUUCACCCAAACCCAGUCCGCUCAGGACCUAAGUACUCAAGCCAAGACUCUUCUCGAGCGACAUAAACAGGUGCUGAUAGCUGAUACAUCUUCGUGGUCCGAUCAUGCUUAUGACGACGUACAAGUCCUGGGGACUCCAAUUGAGCGCACGUAUGCUAAUACAGGGCACCCAGCAAGUGUUGCUAGGCGUCUUGUACCCAUCGAUAGUGAUGGGGAAGACACCGGGUUCAUUGAAGAAACACCAUUCAAGUCGCCUCCUUUGAAGCUUCGCAAAGUUGCCCUUGAGCCGACGGCUACAGGUACGCCAUUGCGGGCUGCAAAGCCUCAGAAUACGAUUCCAGCAACCCCGCCCCUGAAUCAAUGCAUGCUGUUUUACUGGCCCGGUGACGGCUGGUACCCUGCGAUCCCGGAUCAAGCAGAGUACUUGCAAAAGAAAAACGACGCCAAGGCCAAAAUUGUUGUUGAGUUCGGUACGGAAGAAGAGGGUCUUGUAAAGGCAUCUUCUGCUGUGCCAGUUGACUUUCAAGUUGGCGAUAUUGUCAACUAUGAAAAGAUCCAGUAUAAAAUCAUCCAACUCAUUGAGUCUGGUGACACCACAAAAUUCGUUACAUCAAUGGGCUACGAUACUCUCAAGCUCGAACCUUUGCGGAUCUCAAGACGCAUGCAACUUGUUCCCAUUACCGUUCUGGUAAAGGACGUUUUUCUGAGAAACGCCGAGUUUGAUGAAUGGAACUCCCGUCGACUCAGUCGAGAGUCAUCUCAAAGGAUAGUCUACCCCUCGAUGCAUUCAGUGCAUCGACCAAAGCUUUCUAGUUUCGGCCCUUCUUCAAGCGGCGAAGCCCCCACGCCCACUUCACAAAUUUUCAGCCAUUGCAUGUUUUCGAUCACUAUGGCAAGCCACCAAGACGCGACAUCUGUCACAAAUAGCAUAAGAGACAACUCUGGCGAGGUGGUUGAGGAUUUUAGUGAUAUUCUUGACGUUGAUGCCAGUGGCCGCGUCUCGUGGAACGCCGACCCGGCGUACACUUUUGGUGCUGUAAUCGCUGCCCGUCCUCUCCGAUCUCCCAAGUAUUUAGGAGGUCUGGCUAUGGGCUGGCCCUGUCUCUCGUUUCAAUUCAUUGCCGACUGCGUUGCUGCUGGACGGCUGCUAGAAAACUGGAAAGACUAUCUUCUGGCUGCCGGCGACUCUCUCGCAUUCAAGGCCUCCAUCAGUCUUGAUAUGACAGAUUUUUACAGAAACUGGGCGACAGGAUACACAUUAAAAACUCAAUUCGAGCAGCGACCUCUAGCUAUGGGAGGCCUUGUUCCCGAUCUGUACCUUGUUCGGGAUCAAAAGGACAAGAACGUGCAGUUACUGCUUCGACUCGCGACAGCAAAACCCCCUAAAAUCGUGGACAGUCUAGAUGAGAUCACAGCCACCGGGGUUGUUGUCGUUCUAGCGAAAUCACCUUCUGAUCUGCCGUCGGAUCUGCCUUCGAUCUCGUCCACCCUGAUGGUCGGCCGCCUACACCGGCAACUAAUUCUGCCCGAAACAGCAGUAUACAACCGUGACUGGUUGAUCCAAUGUAUCAUAAACCGUCGGUUAGUCUAA